CUUGUCAAGCUGGCAGGAUGGCUAAACCACCGCUCCUACCCUUGCAGGCAUGGCCGUGGAUUAUUGCCGUGAUUUCUUCGAGCAACGUACACGAGCAGUUUACACCCUUGCUGAAUCAUCUGGGAAACAAGGCAUCUGACAGCUCAUUGGAUGAUCUUCGAUGGACGACGGUGACGUCAACAACCACAAGCCUACUAAAGAACCGACACGACGAUGGGCACAGCAGAGGGCACGGCACUUGUCAAGCUGGCAGGAUGGCUAAACCACCGCUCCUACCCUUGCAGGUUGGUGUACAAACGUAUGCAGUUUGUUGCAAAAGCGACAAGAUUCUUGAUUGUAGUGCCGUGCCCUCGUAUGUGUUGGUCUAUUGUGGUGGACUGUUGGUCGACAUUAUUGCUAUUGUUAACUUCAGGGGAUGUAGAGGAAAACCCGGGCCCGAAGACGGCUGAAUUGUUACAACAAAUUUUGGAUAAUCAGAAGGAAUCUGAUGACAAGAUGAACACGAUUAGAAAAGAAGUCGCUGAACUUAAUAUGAAGACUGAAAGAAUGAACAGGCAUCUCAUGGCCAUGCAGGAAAUGCAAAUGAAAAUUGAGAGACUAGAAAACAUAGUCCAACAACAAGCUGAACGACUAGUGGAUUAUGAAAAUAGAAGCAGAAGAAAUAAUCUGCUAAUUUUUGGUGUUCCCGAGGCCAGAACUGAGACGGAAACAGAUCUGCGGAAAGUUGUCGUAGAUAACAUUGUCAGAAGCUUGUUGGGGGUAGAAACUAAAUCGAUAGAAAGAAUUCAUCGCAUUGGUAAACAAAGCGAAGGCCGGGUAAGACCAGUCAUUAUGAAGUUCAUGGAUUAUCGCGAAAAAGAGAAAGUAAUGCGCAACUGUAAAAAACUAAAGGGCACUUCUUUCAGUAUCAAUAAUGACUACUCAAAAGAGACCGUUGAUCUCAGAAAGAAAUUAUGGGAAAGUAGUGCGCCGGACCGAGCUAAGGGGGCACGGGUAUCACUCGUGUAUGAUAAACUAAAGAUAAAUGGACGCAUGUUUGUUUGGGAUCAAGAGAAAAAUGAACGGCGUCUGUAUAAAAGCCGGAGUGACAAGAUCGAUAAAGACGUAACAACCCCAACAGCAAGUGCGCAUGACCGGCAUGAAUCCUUUGACUCGGAUAGUUCUGCCAGCAGUUCAAGAAAACCGCCCCACUCAUAGCUACGAAUUCUUGUGCAAAAUGCCCGUAGCAUCGUUAAUAAAGUCACAGAACUAGAAUAUAUUCUAC